AUGGCCACUCCGGGAGACGAGACGCGCUCACCUCUAGCGGCUGGAGUCGCGGCUUCCCCAUCUCAUCCUGAGGAAGGCGUGAACCCGGCAACAGGUAUCAUUGAUGCUGAUGAAGGAGAAACAGACUCCGCCAUCAAUGUUAUGAAAACGGACGUCUAUACCACUCUCAUUCCCGAGGCAGUCGAACAAGAGCGAUUAGAUUUACAGCACGAACUCUUUAUGAGAACGUUUAGAGGACGUCUUUGCACUUGUCCAAAGUCUUACGGGGCUAAAAGAGUCCUUGAUCUCGGAACGGGAACGGGAAUAUGGGCUCUUGAAUACGCGGAGGAGCAUCCCGAGUCUGAAGUCAUUGGAGUGGACAUCAGCCCAGUGCAACCUGACUUCAUGCCUCCCAACUGCUCUUUCGAGAUAGACGAUCUGGAGAAGCCAUGGACAUGGUCAAAACAAUUCGACUUCAUCUUCUCUAGAACUUUGAGUGGCAGUAUCCUGGACCCAGCCAAGCUGGUCGAUAGUAUUUACAACCAACUCGAACCCGGCGGCUGGUUCGAAGCCCAGGAUGUCUGCAUGGAAGCUCGGACCGAUGACAACACUCUACCCGAGAAUAGCUACUUGGCGCAAUGGGCCGAUGAGGUGGUUGACGCUAUGGAAAAGAUCAAUCGGACGCUCAAGCUUCCCCUCAAGUGGAAGCAGCUUCUGAUCGAUCGCGGUUUCGAAGAUGUUCGAGAGACUAUCUACAAAUGGCCGACCAACACUUGGCCGCGAGACAGAACGAUGAAGGACAUUGGUGGAUGGGGUCUGGCGAACCUCGACUACUUCCUCGAGACAGCGGCUCUUGGGAUUUUGACCAACAUCAAGGGCUGGUCAAAGGAGGAGGUCCUUGUUUUGUGUUCACAAGCGAGGAAGGAGAUGCGUGAUCCGAGAAUCCAUGUUUGGUGGCCUGUAUAUGUCGUUUCUGGUCGUAAGCCAGGCUCAACAACUCAAGCACCUGCUGAGUCAUCGACAGCUUAA